UUCUUCACGUGGGGCCUGUGAUCACUGGGGUCCCUUCCAGGCCGGGGCGACCUGUUGGCCGAGGAAAGGGACAGAGACAGGGAGCCCAGCGUCUGGGCGAGGAUCGAGGGUUUUGAGAUUGAGCGGCUGCCGCCCCCUGGAAGCGACUGAAGUGCGAGCACAUUCGCCAGUGCGAGCCGCUGUAGUAAACACACUUCAGAAACGUGAGGUGCCGGUGGUCACGUGGGCAGCGCUUCUUCCAAUGAGGAGCCGGGGGCGGGACCAAGGCCGCUGACGCGGCGUCGGCGGCGGAGUCACCGGGCUGUCUCAGGACCGGUCACCCGCCGGCAACCGUCCAGCGCCCUCCGACCAUCGCCUCCGAUCACUGCCUCCGUGCUCCGUUCUCACUGCCGUCUCUGGGUCCAGAAGCAGCGUGGCCCACAGUGGCUGAACCCUUGCUCCUCCCGCUCGGUGGCUCGCCUCGGACGGGCCGCUUUUCCUCUAGGGCCGCCUCGGUAGGGCGAGGUUUCCGUGACGGACCUCCUGGGACUGCGGGUGCCCGCUCGGGCUGUCGUGGCUGCUCGAACUCCUGGAACUUGCUCGCCCUCUUGGGGUCUGCGGCCCUCGAAGUUAUGCGCGUCGUCCAGGCAGUCGCCGUGAGCGCCGGCUCCUAAAGGGCGUCACACGCGGACUCCGCCGACCCGGCGACCUGCGUUCAGCGUCCAGCUGUGCCUCCAGCGCCCUCUCCUCCGGUCCCUUCCUCGGGCUCAUUUUUUCCCUCCCCCACCUCUGCCGCCCUGUCCUCACUCUUUGGGUGCGGUGAUCCUCCUGGAAGCCGAGGUGUCGGUUAUGAGCUGGACCCUUGUGCCUUGAAUUUCUCGGUAGAGGAAAGUCAGCGGUGACCCGCCGCCCGCCGCGCCCCCGGGAUGGGGGUGAACGCGGUGCACUGGUUCCGAAAGGGGCUCCGGCUUCACGACAACCCCGCCCUGAAGGAGUGCAUUCAGGGCGCUGACACCAUCCGCUGCGUCUACAUCCUGGACCCCUGGUUCGCCGGCUCCUCCAACGUGGGCAUCAACAGGUGGCGAUUUUUGCUUCAAUGUCUUGAAGACCUGGAUGCUAAUCUGCGAAAAUUAAACUCUCGUCUGUUUGUGAUCCGGGGCCAACCAGCAGAUGUGUUUCCCAGGCUUUUCAAGGAAUGGAACAUUACUAAGCUUUCAAUUGAGUAUGAUUCUGAGCCCUUCGGAAAGGAACGAGAUGCAGCUAUUAAGAAACUGGCUACGGAAGCUGGAGUAGAAGUAAUUGUACGAAUUUCACAUACAUUGUAUGACCUAGACAAGAUCAUAGAACUCAAUGGUGGACAACCACCUCUUACGUAUAAAAGAUUCCAGACUCUCAUCAGCAAAAUGGAACCGCUAGAGAUACCGGUAGAGACGAUUACUUCGGAAGUGAUAGAAAAGUGCACGACUCCUCUGUCUGAUGACCACGAUGAAAAAUACGGAGUCCCCUCACUGGAAGAACUAGGUUUUGAUACGGAUGGUUUACCCUCUGCAGUGUGGCCAGGCGGAGAAACGGAAGCACUUACACGUUUGGAAAGGCAUUUGGAAAGAAAAGCCUGGGUGGCAAACUUUGAAAGACCUCGGAUGAAUGCGAAUUCCCUGCUUGCCAGCCCUACCGGACUCAGUCCUUACCUCCGAUUUGGUUGUUUGUCUUGUCGGCUGUUUUACUUCAAACUAACAGAUCUCUACAAGAAGGUAAAAAAGAACAGUUCCCCUCCCCUUUCCCUUUAUGGGCAACUACUAUGGCGAGAAUUUUUCUAUACAGCAGCAACAAAUAAUCCACGCUUUGAUAAAAUGGAAGGGAACCCCAUCUGUGUUCAGAUUCCUUGGGAUAAGAAUCCUGAGGCUUUAGCAAAAUGGGCAGAAGGCCGGACAGGUUUUCCUUGGAUUGAUGCCAUCAUGACGCAGCUGCGUCAGGAGGGCUGGAUUCACCACCUGGCCAGACACGCUGUUGCUUGCUUCCUGACACGCGGUGACCUGUGGAUUAGUUGGGAAGAAGGAAUGAAGGUAUUUGAAGAAUUAUUGCUUGAUGCAGAUUGGAGCAUAAAUGCUGGAAGUUGGAUGUGGCUGUCUUGUAGUUCCUUUUUUCAACAGUUUUUUCACUGCUAUUGCCCUGUUGGUUUUGGUAGGAGGACAGAUCCCAAUGGAGACUACAUAAGGCGAUAUUUGCCUAUCCUAAGAGGCUUCCCUGCAAAAUACAUCUAUGAUCCUUGGAAUGCACCAGAAGGUAUCCAAAAGGUAGCCAAAUGUUUGAUAGGAGUUAAUUACCCUAAACCAAUGGUAAACCAUGCUGAGGCAAGCCGUUUGAAUAUUGAGAGGAUGAAACAGAUCUACCAGCAGCUUUCACGAUACAGAGGACUAGGUCUUCUUGCAUCAGUGCCUUCUAAUCCUAAUGGGAAUGGAGGCCUCAUGGGGUAUUCUCCUGGAGAAAAUAUCCCAGGCUGUAGCAGCAGUGGAAGUUGCGCUCAAGGGAGUGGCAUUUUACAUUACGCUCAUGGAGACAGUCAGCAAACUCACCUACUAAAGCAAGGAGGAAGAGGCUCCAUGGGCACUGGCCUCAGCAGCGGGAAACGUCCCAGUCAGGAAGAGGACACACAGAGCGUCGGCCCGAAGGUCCAGAGGCAGAGCACUCAUUAGAAAACAUUCAGGAGGAAUACUGUUGCAGCUGAAAUUGGUGGAGACUUCAAUACUUUUUUCAGUUAAAUUAUUUUAAGAUGUUCUUCAUUGAUGGAAAGCAGUUGUUUCUAAUGACAUUUCUGUGGUUUUUAACUUUUUAAUGAACUUCACAUAGGACACAUGGUAAUUUGUAUAUAAAGAACUUGGUAAAAAAAUUUGCUUAAUGUAAAUAUAAAUAACACAAUUAGUAUAGACCCAUCAGUAUAUUUUUGAUAAUUUUUCAUGUAUGGUAAAAGUUAAAGUGGCAAACUGAUAUUCUGACAUAAAAAAAUCAAAGUUUUAAGAGUCAGUGUGGGAAAGUAGGAGGUUUUUAGACUUUCUUAAAAGACUUUGUUAAAAUUUUCUUGACAUCAUUGUUUGCUUUAACUUCGCACUCUGUGUUAGGAAACGUGUGCAAUAAAAACCGGCAGUCACGGCCUGUGUCGUCACGGACAGGGCCUGUGCCACGGCUCCGCGUGCGCCCGUUCGACCAAACUUGUGGGAGUGUCACGUGCUGAGUUUUCUUCGUCUUCUUCCUUGUUCAUUUAUAGCCAAAUGACCUUUGUUAUUAAAGUGUAUGCAUAUACAGAAUCUUGUGUAUUUGAUGGUUCUUUUUCUUUUUUUACUUUCUGUUUGUUUGAGGAAAGGGGUGGAACGUUAGUUUGUGAGAUGUGAUUAUACAUUAGAGGGAUUCUGGUAUAAACCACGUCACCAUUUGGAAUGAAGGAACAGCUACCAUAUAAACAGGUGGGCAAGAGUAGGCUUAUAGUUGUGAGUACACGAAGCACAGUUUAUGUUUUGUAUCAUUAUUUAUUAAUUAUUGUAUUAGUUUCCAUAUGAACAACUGUAAACCUCUUUUUGCCUACAUACCCCUGUAUUUAGUAAAAUAGUAUUUUUCAAAAGUAUUCCAAAUACAAAUAGUGACUUUCAAAUACUUUGUACUUUUAAAAACAAAGUUAUCUUCAAGAAAUAUGUAAAACCAAAAAGAUUUGUUUCAAGUAACAGGGGUUGUAACCAUGAGUGAGUCAGUAUAGGGUAACAGGUUAAGAAUAUGGACUCUGGAGUCAAAUACCCGGCUGUCCCACUCGUGAGCGCUGAGAUCUUGGGCAAGUGAUGACCUUGUGUGCCUUCUCCGUUCUCAUGUACCAGCGGGGGUGAGAGCGGCAUCCGCUUCAUACUGCAUGUGAAACGCUCAUGGCAGUGCCUGGCAUAUGGUAGGACGGACUAGAUCAAUGUUAGCCGCGUAGCUCACCGGACGCCGCAGCUCCGGUUAGCUGCCAUUACUGUUACUACUGUUGUUCCUGUCCUGUCUCUAGUAGGCCAAUUCUUGCCAUUAUAACAAAUAGCCUUUUGUUUUCCCAUCUUUAGUAGUGCUAGAUGUUCAGUGUGACCGUCAUAUGUAAGUGUAACUCAAGAUAAAUCUGAGUCAAAAAUCCAGAAACAAC